AUGGGCAGUUUUCCAUGUGUGAUCAACCCCGGAAACUCUGAAGAUGUUCCAUUUGAUUCCCCAAGCAGAAGUGUACGAUCUCUCGAAACGGCUAGUGUCACAACCGCCUCAACCCCAGACGACAUCAAAACUCCAGACUCCGCUGGCCUAAGUGGAUUCCACUUCCAUAUCGAUCAUGACAACGCAGUCGCAGGUCCUGAGGGGCCACACCUCUUCCGCAUGUCUAGCGGGUCUUUCGAUAUCAAAUCCUCCGUCGAGAUCGACUUGAUUUAUGACGAGCUACCUGACAGUGCGACUACCCCUCUAUACUCAUCCGCAUCUAAGCUCGGUCCAGAGCGACGGGAUACACCUGUGCCAAGCGUUCCUAAUGUGAGGACACCCCUUCAGUCGGUACCUGAAGUCGAUGGUCCCUUAGAGCCUGAACAGAAUGAAGUAUUGCGAUGGACGCCACAAGACGUUGUAUCAUGGAUGCAAAAGCUCAACUUCGAUGAAGGCAUCAUCGAGAAGUUCUUCAUUAACGAUAUCAACGGGUCGGUUCUACUCGAUCUUCAAGCCGAGGAUCUAAAGGAACUCGAUAUCCAGUCUUUUGGAAAGCGACAUGGACUGAUGGCCUCAAUUCGGGCACUCCGAAACAGCGUGCAUGGCUCUCUUACCGAGUCCCAGCCAUCCAUCCCUUCUGAGCCUGUCUCCCGCGAGCCUACCCCUCACUCGACAGCUGCAGAUGUUGGCCCUCGGAGUUGCAACUCGACACCAGUUACUGGCGAGGAUUCCUCUCCGAUAAAGGAAGCUUUCGAAGAGCAUCGACGUCGCCGCCAACGAGUUAUUCGACCAAAUGACUCGGUCUCCAUUGUUGGCAUCGAGCAAGUAUUCCCUAAGAUGCAUCGUUGUCGGAAGGGUGAAGACUGUCGCAGGUGGCAAAAGCAGUAUGCUAGAAUGUCCCAGCUCUCACGCGAUCUUCCUAUCGAGUCGGUGGGUGGCCCGGUGGUCGUUGCUGGCGACCCUGGAAACGCUGCCACUGCGCGCAAUAUGACCAACCCACCCAAAUCAGAUGUCACUCCUUCUAUUGUUGCUUCGUCCGAUGCGCUUGGCCCCAACCAAUCAACUGAGCUCCCUUUGUCAGAAGAAAAGCUGCACAGUGUUGAGCCAAGAGACCCCCAGGAGAAUGUGCGCAAUUUUCUCAACUUCCAGAGACUCAGCCGCCUGCAACCCGUCACCGACCCCUCGACUCCCCCUACGGAGACUUUCCCAUCCCCUGAAGCCGAUUCACCCGGCACCCUUGCUGAAAACCUUCGCACUCUCCCAAGACUCCAUAUCCCCAGCACUCAUCUCUCAUCGAAAUCCUCGGCGUUCUCCCCAAUCCACUCCGGUCAACGUACCAUUACCCCUGGUAUGGUUCGCGGAAAGAUGGCACCUUUUCAAAGCAGCAACCUUCAAUAUUCUGCGGGCACGCAGAAUGACCUCUUUUCUCCCUCGGACUAUUACCGACAAGAUCCCCAUUACGGGCAGAGUAGUCCAUCCUCGGAGAUGGAUGUCGAUGUUCCCCUUACAGCUAUCCCCGUUGGGCCCAUCGAGAGGAUCUUCUCCCAAUCAGUUCCCCCGGACAUGCGAUUUGGAAACCAAGCGCAACAGAUGGCCGAGCCAAUCACUCGUCCAGUUUCCACCAAGGUCGAUAACCACCGUCGAAAGCUUUCCAUCAAUACUCCGCAGAAUGGUACUCCACUCACUCGAUUGAAUGAGGAUCGAGUUAUGUCGCCUAUUGAUACUCCGGAGGAUUUGGAGCAUACACCACGCGCUGCUCCCUGCCGCCAAAAUCCCUUCAGUCCCUCUGGAGAAUUUUCCAACAACGUGAUUCGCAGUGGUUGGCUCAAGAAGCGAAAGACCCGCAUGCUCAAGCAUGAGUGGAACGAUCAGCACUACGCACUCCGUGGUACUAAGUUCGGCAUGUUCGCAGAUGAGGAGUCUGCUCGUCGCGAUUCGAAAGCCCUUGAGUACGUCGACGUCGACGACUAUGCUGUUGCAUGCUCAUCGCUCGCGUCGGAUUCAAAGUUGACAGCGGCUUUCAAGAGAACUGUCCUGAAACGCAAGGAUGAUACUCGUGGAGGCACAGCCUUCGCCUUUUCGCUGAUUCCGUCGCCCAAAGGCAAUGGCUCGGAGCGAAAAUUCAUUUUCGAGAAGGGUGUCAAAUCUCACCACUUCGCAGUGGAUAGUGCUCCAGAGCGCAUCGAAUUGGUGCGCGACCUUAUGCUGGCAAAGGCUCUGCGACGCGGUCGCGAGAGCGGCGCAACCCUCAACCUCAACGGCAAUGCGAUCUAG